AUGUCGCAGCAGGUGUCGUUUAUUGUCGCCUUUGCCUCGGUCUUCGGGGCAGCGGAAGCCAUCAGGCAGACCCAGGCGAGGGCGCGGAGGCAGGAGCAUCGCAGCAGGAAGAACAACCUCGUUGUCCAUUGUACAAAGUCUUCGCGGUACAGUCCCUUGCUUGAAGGAAAACAUGUGAUUCUCUCAGGGGACAAGCUCUAUAUCGAUACAGGAACAGAGUACGACAUUCCUUUCGGUCAUCGCUUUGCGGGAUAUUUCCUCCCGUUCCCAGAGACUCAGCAUGAAGGUCUUGUCUCCACAAUAAUGGAUGACCCCCCUAUCAUGAACUGGAUCUACAUAGAUCGCCAGACUUACGAGGUCAAGUUUGGUACACGAGACUGGGCUGAGCCAAACUUCAAAGCCCCGUUCGACUGCACAAGGCAGGACCGAAGACUGACACUCGGUGGAUGGGAGGGGUUUAUUGCUGUCGAAGAAGGGAAUUUUUGGGCCCUGUACUUUGAUGUCGAGAAUAACCGGCUGCAGUCAAAGAUUCCUGAAGGCACUCCUCUACUGGAAGUUGAGCUGCAGCGGAUUGAGACGAGGGUACCCAAACCUUUAAUGCCCGAGCCCGAGCCCGAGCCCGAGCCCGAGGCCAAUGGGGACUGUAAGAAGGAAGAUGAGCAAGAGGAUAUAGAGACACCUCUGAAGUCGGUGAAGCUGGAAUCGCCAGAGGUUGAUUGA